AUGACCGUAAAAAUACCAUCAGUAGCAGACGAGGAGUCUAGCAAAGCGUAUCGCACUCCAGAAGAGUGGCUUGCGAGACUCGACCCGGAAUGGGUUCGCGUCUGGAACGCACAUGGAGGGCACCAUCGUCAAGCUGAGGAAGUACCAAUCGAAAAAGUCCGUCGAAAGCCACUCGCAUACAGCUUCACAUAUCCAACAUGGUCAGGUCCUUGUGUGUUCAAGGAGACAGAGUUUGAAAUUUCCGUAAGCCAACCUGCUGGUUAUAUCAAAGUCCGCGUGUACACGCCAGAGGGACAGGGACCUUUUCCGGUACAUCUUAACUAUCAUGGAGGCGGAUGGGUUCUGGGUAGUCUCAAUAGCGAAGCAGCCUGGUGCAGAAGUGUUUGUAAUAACACUAGCAUUGUCAUUGUCGACGUAGAUUACCGCCUCGCCCCAGAAUUCGUUUUUCCCACAGCCAUAUAUGACUCUUGGGAUGCACUUCAAUGGGUCCUAGCUCAUGCCGAUCAUUUGAACAUCGAUGCCACUAGUGUGUCGAUUGGCGGUCUCUCGGCAGGUGGUCACAUGUCAGCAGUUCUUUCGCACAUGGCGCGCGAUGCGGGACUAGAACUCAAACUGGCAUUGUUAGUUGUGCCUUCGACUGACUUUAGGUGGCUCAUUGCUGAAGAGCCCUUACGAUCAGCGAUUGCCAAGCGUUAUCCCAGUACGGCGCAAUACAAGGAUGCACCUUGGGGAGGCCUGAAAAGAGAGCAGUGGUUCUUAGAUUAUUGGAUCCCCAACGAUAUCAGAAGAGCAGCAUGUGAUGAUUGGAUGGCUUCACCGAUGCUGGCCAGGUCUUUUGAAAGACUACCGCCAACACAUAUUGUAACCGCUGAGUUUGAUAUAUGUAGAGACGAAGCGCAUCAAUAUGGCAAGCUACUGGAAAGCAGUGGAAAUCUUGUAACUCAGAAAUGUUAUCUAGGAAUGCCGCACGCGUUCGGGCAUUAUAUUCAUCCUGAAAAAGGUCUGAGCAAAGGGCAUGAGUACAUUCGAGACACAUCGACGCUGUUACAACAAGCUCAUGGGAUUCACAACAUCAAUUAA